UUUUUUCAAGCGCUUUAACGAUAGAGACUUUUCUUUACGACAUAACCAGUCAACCGAAAGAAUGGACGGAAGAAACGUGAAGCUAGACUUGCGACCAUGCCGAACCUGUGGUAGAACCUUCGUGCCUGAGUCCCUGAAAAAGCAUGAGGCCUCUUGUAAGAAUGUUCAGAAGAAGAGGAAGCCAUUUGACGCGUCGAAACAGCGAGCCACUGAGGACCUUAGUCUCAAACAGAUUAAGCAGGCCCAGAAAAAGAAUGUUGCCCCUCCGAAGUCGAACUGGCGAUCCCAGCACCAGGAGUUUAUAUCUAACAUCCGGGCAGCAAAGGGGGCCCAGGUUGCAAUGGAGAGGGGUGACCCCCUUCCCCCUCCACCACCACCUUCCCUCAACCCUGACUAUGUUACGUGCCCACACUGUGCACGCCGGUUUAACGAGAAAGCAGCAGAGCGUCACAUUUCGUUCUGUCAGGAGCAACAAAAACGCAUAAACGUGAACAAGAAACGUGAACCCUCACAGCAGGAGAAGGCUCGAGCUGCAGCUGCCAAGUAUCAGCCACCCAAACCGAAACUGAAGUCCCAGAUGGACUCUCCUAGUGGACCUACCAGCGGUGGAUACGGGGCGUCUAGGGGAGGCUACUCCUCAGGUUCCCCUGCUGGUAGGGCAGGACCAGGAGCCAGUAGCAGAGCCCCACCCCCGGGAGCCUCAAAAUCCGAUGUAGGUCGGAGUCCUGCGGGUUCGACCGGACGGGGAGGGGCUGCUGCACCCAGGGGACGGGCCCCACAGCAGGGCUAUGCGGCCAGCAAGUAUUCUGAACCUUCAAAGAAGAGCCCCUCACCAAGGGUCUCUGGCCCUUCUGUGGGCCCCUCAAGCAUAUCACUGCAAGCAAGGGGCAGGGCAGCCCCUACCAGGGACGAUAUGCAAGAUAAUCGCCCAGUUCCACGCGUCACACGAGCUGUGCCCAGACACACAAACACACAGAUGGACACGAGCAAUGGUCACCAUAGCAACGCAAUAAAAACUCGCCCCGUGACUGGGGCCGCUAAGUUUUGUCAUGAGUGUGGGUCGCGUUACCCCACACCUCAGGUUAAAUUCUGUAUGGAAUGUGGACUCAAAAGAUUAGAAGUUCCCAUUAGAUAAAAAUUAUUAUUGGAAAAAUCAAACGCUCAGUUUAUUAAAUAUAUUUUAGGGUAUUUACAUGUGCCAUUUGUUUGUUCAAUUUAUGUUAAUAUUUUUUUUAAACAUUCCUAAAGAACUGAUUUAAAAUGGUAUAACAACGCUGACCAGAAAUAUGAAUCUCAUUGCCUUUUAGUUUGUUAUUGGAGUUUCUUAGGUUAUCCAUUUUAUUAGUGUUCAAAACUAUUUUUGUCUAUUCAAGAAUUAGCUAUGGCAGUGUUAAAUCAAUCUCAUAGAUAUGUGUUUAAUUGUGUUCAAUGUUUUUUUUGCUCAGUGCCAGAGAAUGUAUAAGUAUAAUGCCUUAUUACUUUAAUUUAUAAAAAGUUGUCAAAAAAAGUAGUAGGAUAAGUUAACCGUUGCUAUGGUGAUGUCUGGGUAGCGAUAGCAGUUCUUAUUCGUUGUUAUGUAGAAAUGUUGUUUAUUUAUUUAUUUUUUAUUUCAAUUUUAAUUACUGUCUCUGUGUUAAAAAGGAUUUCACAGCUAAGAUGUAUUUAGCAUUUCAGAAUCUAGUACUUUACAAUACGGUUGUAUUUGUUUUUGGUUAAGGGUUACAUGUGACCCAACACAAGUUUAAACCAAAAAAUGUUCAUGCAAGAUUGUUUUGGCUGUUGUUUAAUUGUAGAGAGCUGUAUUCAUUAUGCAUCUUGGUGGUCACUUUCAAUUGUGAAAAAAUGCUCUUAUUUAUAAAUAGAUUUUAAAGAAAACUAUCAUUGACUUUUUACCAAGUAUAUGAAAAUGAGGAAGAAAAAGAUCCAAUUAUUUAGGCAUAUGAAUAAAUUUAAUGAAAAAUAGUUGUUUAAAGUUCAGUUUUUUUCACUAGGUUGACGAUUUUUACUUCUUUUAAAAGCUUUAUGAAUACAUCUCCAUAUAUUCUAUUUAAUUACUACAUUCAAAUAAAUGUAACAUAUCAUUUUCCCAUUUGAAAUGUUGAAUACAUUUUAGCUGUGUCAUAUAAGAAAUGAUAUUCUAUUUACAAAAUGGGUGCACUUUUGCUGUAGUCAGAUAUUUAUUUUAUUUCAAUGCUUUUUUGUAACUGCAUUCCACCAUUACAUUAUUGUUCAGAUCAAUGGAGAUUUUAGUAAUUUGCAAAAUAAAUGCUACUAGAAAAUUAAACUAUUGUAAUAAAGCUUGUGACCAGCUUUGAAUAUGUAUAAUAUAUCAUUGUUCUGCUUUUUAAAAGCUGCUGUCUCACAGUUUGGCAGUUUUGACUUUUAUUUCAUUUUUAUCUCAGAAUCAUCUGAUUCUGGCAUCAAUACCUUCAAUUCAGUCCUCUUAUAUAGCUCACUAAAGAACAGAUUUCAGUUGUUUGGAAAACUGCCUAAAAAUUAAUUUUUGUUAAGUGUUGGUAACGCUUUUAGCCAUAUAACAUAUAAAAAGUUCUAACAUAAAUAUGAAAAACUGUGAUCUGAUCGUUUGUCAGCAGUCUUAUGCCACUGGUUUCCAGACAUUAAAGCAAACAUUGGCUCAUUUGAACACAAAAAUAAAAAGAGUUGUCAAAACGUUCAAUCUGUGAGAGUGCAGCUUAAAAGUCAGUGAGGUAUUUGUCAUAGUUAGCUUCAUGCAUGAACUGAUAUGUUGGCUGUAAUUGGCUUCUCCUAAUUUCUAUACAUAUGUCCUAUUUAUUUGUGUAUCAGGCAUGGUUGUAUUAUUGGAAUUAGGGUGCAUAAGUUAAUUACUUGUUGUGACAUUACACAAUAUAAACUGCUGUGAUGGGAAAGGGGCUUUGUUUUUAUUUCUGUAUAUAUGUGUGUUGGCUAUUUAUAUAUAUAUAUAUAUAUAUAUAUAUAUAUAUAUAAAUAUAUAUAUCUGCAUUUCAUUUCAUUUUAUAUUAUUUCAUUAGUAUUAAGGCACUAUGAAGAGGAGACGUCAAUUUCUAUUAAGUAAAAUUAAAAUCUCUCCAUCCUUAUAAUAUACAUUGUUGAUAUAGUUAGGGGUUUUAAUGUUCAGGAAUAAUAUUGAAAUGAGGAUUGAGAGCUUAUAACUUUUAUAAAGUUGUAAAAGUUACCGGUAAUUGUUCUUUUUUUAUUCAGAUUUUUGCAUCAAAAACAGUAGAAAGUACUUUUAAAUUAAUAUAAGAGACUUUGGAAACUUUCAAAUUAGGGGUCUAACCCCUGUGCAUUCUUUUGAGCAUAAAUCCCUUAUGUUCAAACAAUUAUCAGCUGUAUGAGCGCCUGUUUAUUAAGUUAAAUGGAGAAAAUGUGUCAGAAAUACAGAAGACAUUUACGAAUAUCAAUGUAAAUGAAUUUUUGGAAAUGCAAUUACAGUUGAAACCCGUUGGCCAUAUUGAGCCAAGCAGCAAUGUUUACAUGGAUUAAAAAAAGUGGUCCUUUACAUCCAGUUCUAGCUAACAGGGAUAUCAAGCUAACUGAUUUCGACCGUAUAAUCAAUUGCCUAAUACUAUCAUACUAGAAGUUGCCAUCCUGUUUGGAAAAAGCUUCAUGUUUUAAUGUCUCAAUCAUAAUCAUUUUUGUUAUAGGUAAACUGUCUUAUACACAAGUUCUUUUAUGUUAUGCUAUGAAGGUUGUAUGAUGUAUUUCUAUUGUUUUUUUAUUUCUACUAACCUUACGGUCCAAUUUUGAUGUGUUCAGUCCAUAACAUGGAGUUGUUUCCCCUGUCCUUUAAAUUGUCUUUUUGGAGUAACACAGUACUAACUUCAAGAUGAUUUGAUACCUACUAAUUGAUUGACAUCUUGUUUAAGAUUGUAACUAACUUAUUCCUUAAAGGAACUUGGUCACAGAUUUGAUAUACAAAUGUAAGGAAGAAUUUUUUUAAUCAUUGUUGAAGUUGGGUUAUUUUUUUGCAUUUUUAUGAAUCACACCAUACAGAAACUGGGUGACACUCAUUUGACCAGAAUUUUGUAAAUCCAAGCCUAGAAUCAUUUAAAUUCCUAAAGUAUUUCAAACGCUUUUCAGCACAUUAGAUGUAGAUAGAGUAACUUUACACCCCAAAGGAGUGCUUAUCAAAAUCACACUGUCCAUCCAGUUUUCUUUGUCCAGGCUGUAACUUGGUCAUGCAGGGAGGAAUUUUAGAAUUACUUGGCACUUAGGUACAAAAAGUUGAAGUGUUUUGUGCUAGACCCACGACCCUCCCUCAAGGUCACAAUUGUCUUUUGAUGAUGUCUUAUUAAUGACACAAGCAUCUUAUUCACAUUGCAGUGAAUUCUUACUACAGUGAUUUUUAAUGUCUGUCACCCACUUCAACAUGAGCCCCUUUGAAGAAACUGAGUUAAAAAUAUUGUCAUAAGUUAAAAGUAUGUCUUUAAAGUUUGGACCAACAGAUAAUACUUGUUUGAACAGAUUGUAUUGAAAAAGUGUGCCAGUUUUCUACGUCGCUUUUAGGCUGCUAGACUUACUAUUCUCCAUUGUUGUAGAAAUAAGCUAAUGUCAAUUGCUUAUAUCUGUUUUUCGUAGCAAUUUUGUAUUUCAUAUGCAAAUUGUCAUAGAAGACUUUGUUUCCGUCCAUUGCUGUUUGUUUUUUUUGCAAAUAUUUAUGCAUUUUUGUAACAGCAUACCACUGUAUAGAUAUCAGUGUAUUUAAAGGUAUUGAAAGAAAUGAGUUUUGACAUGUUGAAAAAACAUUUGGCAUGAUAAUUUGUUCUACUCAUAAAAAAAACUUAGAAAUAUUUAUAUACAAUUCUAAGUAAGAAUAAUUUAAUCUUCUGUGUUCAUAUGGAAGCAUCCUCUGUGAUUAAUAAAGAAGCUUUUACCAUAUUUUUAAAUUGUUUGUUGUAUGUGCCUUUGCUUAAGUGUUGGCAGAAUAAUAUGUGUAAGAAAUCUCUGGAAAUGAAUGAUUAAAUCAUUGCAUAUAAUGCCCAGGGGCUGUAUUACAAAAAAGAAUCUUAGUGAGAAAUUUCUACUUAAUGAAAAAAACGUGAAGUUCAAUUUAAAGUGCUGUAAACUAACACAAGAUUUUAAUCUAAAAAUAUGCAAGAAAAAAGAUAAAAAAUAAAAUAAAAUUAAGGCAUAUGAAUAAAUCUGUAAGAAAAUAGAGGGUAUUUGAAAUAUAUUUUGUUAAAAAUUUGAAAAAAAAAUCUUAAUUUAAAUAAUAUUAUUUAUUUAUUUUAUUUAAUAAUUAUAUAGCUUUAUAAAUACUACCCCAAAAAUGAAUUGGUAAUCUCGAACAAUCAUCAAAAUGUCCUGAUUUUAAAAUUAAUUUGAUAGACUGUUUUUGUUGAUAUAAAGGAGUAGGCAUGUAGGUACAAUUCUUUGUAGUAAUAUAAUGGAAUAUGCCUGGGAAAGAUUUGUUAUGUUUUGUGCGAUUAAAUAUACUAGCGGAGAAAGGAUGACUACUUUCUGAAAAUUGUCACAAGCUCUGAGGUAGUACCUCCCUGUAUUAGCUACAAUAAUGGGCGUUCAGGGAUUAUUUUGACAUUUGUUACAUAUCCCAGGAAUGCUGUCUGGAGUCUGCCAUAGUCAUUAAAUCGCCAAAAGACUCGUUGAGGGUCAUUUAGGUGGACUACUCUCAGUAUAACAGUUACAGUUAUGUCUCAAAUAGUUCAGCUUAACAUCAUGUAAUCAUCAAAAAGAUUAAAGUUAUUUCAGAAAAAAAUCGUUUUAGGCAGUUUCUUUUUUCCGCUAGUAUCAUUAAGAAUUAACCGAAUAUGUACAGAUAUGCUUGUUUGAUUUAUUCAAUGAGAUGCAUUCAAAAAAGAAACUUCCUAGUAAUCAUAACGUUUUCUCAUUAUCAAGUAUAAGGCUUUUAGAAUGCUUUAAUUGAUCAACCGAAUUCCAUUUUGACUGAAAAAAUCGUAUUUUCUGUACUAUUAAUUGCUCAUAAAUAUUUGUAAGAAAGCUUAAGAUGAUUUUUUCUCAAAAAAUCCAUUUACGAUCAUUUCUAGCAGUAGCUAUCAACCAUGCCUAAAUGCAUACUUCAUUUUGAGUAAAACAAUGAAUUAUUGAUAUGUUCUGCACAUAGCACGUACCCACAUGUUUCUUAUCAUGAUGAGAAUGCUAUACUGAAUCAACUACAUAAAGGAUCAUAAUAACAUAAUUCAGUAAUGUACUCCAUCAUCGAUAUGUAGACAUACUGGGCAUUUUUUUCUGUCGUUCCUACACAUAGCAACAUAGCAAUGUUUCAUGUAAUGUUUAUUUCAUGUUUGGCAAUAAAGUACUCAGUGCUUUG